GCAGCAUCGACAGCCCAUCUGUAACGGGGGAGGGCACGGGAAACAUUCUUUACUCCAAACACACUGUAUGGCAUCAAAGGACUACAUAUGGACCAUCCAAGCUUACACUCAUUUUUACUGUGAAACGGGCACGGGAGAAACUGACAAGGGAUGAAUUCUCCUCCACCCCACACCGUGUCCAAUGGAUCUCCCCGGCAUCAUCAACAACACAACCGCGGACAACAUGUCGGGUUCGGGCUUCAUUCUAGAGAUUGUGACCACCAAACCGGGGGUAAACAUGCUGAGCACUCAGGCCAGCAACUACACGGAGGUGCACCGCGACAUCCCGGUGAGGAGUUCGGAGGGGAACUCGGUUCUCCAGGGCAUCGCAGUGGCCGCGCAGGCGCUGCUGCUCCUGGCCAUCUUCUUACUGUCCAGUCUGGGUAAUUCAGCGGUUGUGGUGGUCAUAAUCAAACACAGGCAACUGAGAACGGUCACAAAUGCAUUCAUCAUGUCCCUCUCCCUCUCCGACUUCCUCACGGCGGUUCUUUGUUUACCCUUCUCCUUCAUGAUGCUCUUCAGCAAGGAUGGAAAGUGGAUGUUUGGGGAGCCCUUCUGCAUCGCCAAUGGGUUUUUCAACACCUGUUUUGGCAUUAUCUCCACACUGACCAUGACUCUCAUCUCGUUCGACAGGUAUUACGCAAUCGUCCGGCAACCCCAAGCCAAAAUCGGCCGCAGGCGAGCGAUCCAGCUCCUGGUGGCCGUUUGGUUCUCCGCCGUGGUCUUUUCCUUUCCCUGGUACCUGUUUAUGGAGACCUCCGGGCGCUUGGUGGUGCACAAACAAGGGUUUUAUCACUGCAUGUACGUGUUCCACUCUGGCACCUCCAGGAUGGGCACCGCAUACAGUAUAUCUUUAAUAGUAAUCUGUUACCUGCUUCCCUUCGCCCUCAUGUGCUUCUGCCACUACAACAUCUGCAAAACUGUCCGGCUGUCGGAGAUCAGGGUGCGGCCGGUCACCACUUACGCGCACCUGUUGCGCUUCUACAGCGAGAUGCGCACCGCGACCACCGUGCUCAUCAUGAUCGUGUUCAGCAUCUUCUGCUGGGGGCCCUACUGCCUAAUGGGCAUCAUCACCGCGCUCGGAAACUACUCUUUUACCCCUGCUAUGGAUACCGUGGCUAUUUGGAUGGCGUGGGCAAACGGUGCCAUUAAUCCUUUGAUUUACGCCAUAAGGAACCCGAAUAUAUCCAUGCUGUUGGGCAGGAGCAGAGAGGAGGGAUACAGGACUAGAAACAUCGCCGCGUAUCUGUCCACGCAGACGCAGCGCAGGGACGCGGUUCGAAGCCGGGCUGACCGGAUUCGGGACCGGUACGUGAGCCGGCACGGCGCAAACAGCCGCCUGUCUUCCUCCAGCCCGGCCAACGGGGGGGAUGUGGCCAUGUGGGCCUGUAAAAACCCAGCGGUUUUCUUCUGCAGAGACGCGCAUCCAGAUACAAUAACUGAACCACCGGUGCCAAAAGUUGAGACUGCUGACACCAGUCUGUAAUAGCGCGGUCACACUUUAUAAUGACAAGGGGAGGUACUACAGGUGCACACUGGCUCCAAGCUUUCACACUCAAAUUAAAAGUUAGUGUAUUAGAUCCAAUGGCAAUCAGGUGGAAAUUGAUAUAACGAGAUAAUUUACAUAAACACUGAAAAUGUUCCGUUGCAUAUGGUUAAUUUCAUAAUUAGUUACAAAGAAAUUGCAAACAGAAGUAAAUUAAACUGAAGACAGACAUUUAUAGGCUAUUAAA